UAUAAUACCCGUACCUCGUACGAAGCGUGCAGCACGUACCUGAGAGCUGCACUGAAACCUGGCACAGAUAAAAACAAUAGAGAACAGAACAGACUAGUCAGGAUGAGUGCUGGUCCCAAGAAGCAUGGCCUUUUGGACAACGUCAAAGCCAGAUUCCUACAACAGCAUGAAGAACGCCAGGAGAGGGUGGACCAGCUGCAGGCUAAACGUGAGGCAGAGAUAGUUCACAGCCGUUACCUAAAGCAACAUGUUGUUGACCCCACAAAAAUGUCGGAGGCCAAGUUUGCUGUCGACCAGUGGGCCAAAAAACAUGGCACUACAGUAGAAAAGCAUAUUAAACAGGCCGUUCGAGAAAAAGGCACAACACCAAUUCAAAGACAAAGAAAAAUUUUGCUAGCGAGAUCACUACAUGGUGGCCUCAAUAACCAUCGAACCAACUAUACCUCACCUCAGCAGGACAGACUUUCUAGAGGCAGUGCGUUCGUUAGUCGUACAGAAACUGGGAGACAUAGUGCUACACAAACAAGAAGAAUUAGUACCAGGGAUAUCUCAGAAUCAGAAUGCAUAGAUGUAGAUUCUUUAGACGAGUCUAUGUCACUUGGAAAUUGUAUACGAGAAUUUAAUAAGCAAGCUGUAGUCAAGAAGCAUAAAUAUGAGAGUUCUACUGUUGUCCCAGCAGCCAUAAGGAAUCACAAUAUGAAAAAGAGGCUGUCACAAUGGGAUACUGAUAGUCGUGGAGAUCGGGAUACCAAACAAAAGAUCAAUUCUAAUACUAAAAUCAUCAAGGAAGAGAUUUUGAUUGAAGACGAAGAUGACUUUUCAGUCAUCUCUGUAGACAACCCUGAUGACCAUAUGUCCCCCAACCCCACAUCUCCUGACCCUGUAUCCCUCGACCCCACAUCCCCCGACCCUGUGACCCAAGUCUCAGUUACAGCCAACUUAUCAGGAACAAUGUGUUGUGUGGUCAACUGUGGUGCUGAUUUCUCCACCAAAAGUGGAAUACUUGAACAUGAAGCGAAGUUUGACCACUCUCCGUGUAAUCCGCUACUCCUGACUAAGGACUGCCUUCUUCCUCCUACUCCACUGGGUUAUGCUUGUCCGAAGUGUCUUCAGGUGUUCAAGACAGAAGAAGAUUGUGUGCAGCACCAGAAGGAUUUGACCGACCAUUUGCUGUUUCUGUCCCCACUGGACGUGGCCUGUUACCUCUGCCCCCAGUGUCUGGCGCUGUUUCCCUCACAUCAUCAUUGUCAACAACAUAUCAGCCAGCUGAACCAUCACCGCAUUGCCUACCCCUUCAAUGGUGAUACAAGAGCAAAAACCAGUAAUUCACCAAUCCCUGUGUCCCGUCUGCUUGCUGAGGAUUUCCUCACCAGGUGUCGCUUCGUUCCUUUCUCUGUCAGCUGUUUGGACUGUACACUGGUUAUAGAGUCUAAUUCUGACAUGGUACAGCACCUUGAAGAAACAAAUCACCAACACUGGCACUUCAUCGCCACGGCAACAUUACAACAGGUUGAAGCUUUUUCCAAGUACUUGGCCAGACAUUCAUGUUCUACCUGUGACAGUGUGAUGCUUGGUCUCACUUCUGACGACGAUAUCCACUACUGUGUGUCAAAUGAAAACGAGUCUGUGAUUGGUCAGAUCAAAGAUCUUAACUCUGAGACAUUCAGAGACUUUGUACGUAGGUGUUGUAUAUCCUUUAUGGUAUCCCAGGAUGUUCAGCUCACCAACAAAUUUACUGCUCAACAAACGUCUUCUCCUCUGAAGCCAACUACAAACAGAAAGCGAAAACGUAGCAAUGUCUCAGUUUGUGGGAAGGAGAUUAAAGUUGAAUCAAGUUCCUCUGCUGACAUUUUAUGUGAUACAACCACAGAACGAUCUAAAUUUUCUGUUAAAAAUGAACAAGAUGAAUUGGCUUCCUUUGGUCAGAACUCAUCGGAGGAUAUCAAAUAUCAUGUCAAACAGCUACCAAUGGAAAAUUCUCAGAUUUUAAAUGAAGACUGUUUGGACUGGUCGAACAUGACUGACAAGUCUCUGAUUGACCCAGCUAAUCUGAACAAGAUGAAGAACAUCAUCUUUGUUAACCUAGACAUUUGGCCUUACUUUUUCAAGAAGCUGCCAGCUCAACCUUCCAUCACUUACCUUUGUCUGGGGCUUCCAUGGCGGAGAGGGAACAUGGGAGGAGCCACACAGCUGUCCAGUGUAUGACCACCAGAGUAGGAAUAGUCAGUUCUACCUCGGUCCUCCAUGUGGCCACAGCAAAGAUGCAGCUGACUUCGCUCUUUGUCUCACAUUCGGCCGUAUGGACGAGUGCCUGAGUAAGAGUGUCCACUUCACCAUUUUGUCCGGCGAUCAUGCGUAUCAACAGCUGGAUAGACAACAAGGGAAAAACAAUCGAACAGUUGUUCUCAUCGACCCCAGUAAUAUUCAUCAAUGGACAGACUAUGACAUUCUCUAUACUAUCA